CAAACCCAUAGAAAAAGGCGAGCGAUGGCACCACCGGGAGGGCGCUGGCGCCGCUGCUGCCUCCGCUAAUUCUUUGUGGAUCGGAUCGGGAGGGGGGAGCGCGUGCGUGCGCGGGUGAGAUAUCCAGUCCAUUGAUCCAUCGAUCAAUCGGCUAAAGGCGAUGCUGCGGCGGGGUGUGGUGUCACUGCUGCGGCGGGCGCGAGGAGGGCAGCAACAGCAGCAGGGGCUCUCCAAUGGGUCGGUUCCUCUCCAUCCUCCCCAGGCGAGAGAAUUAGGGUUUUGUGGAUCUCCCUCUUCAUCCUCCUGCUCGCGUCGUAAUAUCACGUACAUGCCCAGGCCUGGCGAUGGCGCGCCGCGGGCCGUGACGCUCAUCCCCGGCGAUGGCAUCGGCCCGCUCGUCACGGGGGCGGUGGUGGAGGUGAUGAAGGCGCUGCACGCGCCCGUCUACUUCGAGGCGUACGAGGUGACGGGCAAGAUGGACAAGGUGCCGCGCGAGCUCAUGGACUCUAUCCGCAAGAACAAGGUGUGCUUGAAGGGGGGGCUCGCCACGCCCGUGGGCGGAGGCGUCAGCUCCCUCAAUGUGCAGCUGCGCAAGGAGCUCGACUUGUUUGCGUCGCUCGUCCACUGCUUCAAUCUCCCCGGCCUCAAGACCCGCCAUGACAACGUCAACAUUGUUGUGAUCCGGGAGAACACCGAGGGGGAGUACGCCGGCCUGGAGCACGAGGUCGUCCCGGGUGUUGUCGAGUCUCUCAAGGUGAUCACGAAGUUUUGCUCCGAGCGGAUUGCCAAGUACGCGUUUGAGUACGCCUACCUGAACAACAGAAAGACGGUGACGGCGGUGCACAAGGCCAACAUCAUGAAGCUCGCGGAUGGCCUGUUUCUGGAGUCGUGCCGCGAGGUGGCCAAGAAGUAUCCCGGGAUCAAGUACAACGAGAUCAUCGUCGACAACUGCUGUAUGCAGCUCGUGUCUCGCCCCGAGCAAUUCGAUGUCAUGGUAACUCCCAACCUCUACGGCAACCUUGUGGCCAACACGGCGGCUGGCAUUGCGGGUGGCACGGGAGUGAUGCCCGGAGGCAACGUUGGAGCGGAGCACGCGAUAUUCGAGCAGGGUGCCUCGGCCGGUAACGUAGGAAACGAGAAGCUUGUGCAGCAGAAGACGGCGAAUCCCACAGCGCUGCUACUUUCGUCGGCGAUGAUGCUGCGGCACCUGCAGUUCCCCUCGUUUGCGGACCGGCUGGAGCAGGCGGUGCUAGGCGUUGUGAAGGAUGGCAAGCACCGCACCAAGGACCUCGGCGGGAGCAGCACGACGCAAAAGGUGGUGGACGCGGUCAUCGCCAAGCUUGCCGACAACGAGUAAUACUGCCGCUGGGUAUGUUGGUGUUCCAAAACUAUCACCUAGCUUGCGUAGUCGCGGAUCCAGAUUCUAUUUCUUUAUUCUUAACCGAGACGAGACGCCGAGAUGACCAAGGAAUAAAACUUCGCAAACCUCGUGUCUGCGUGUGAGUAGA